AUGUCGGCCUCUGCGUUCGCCGCAGCGCCUGCGGCGCGCGGAGAGGAUGUCACCACCCCCCUUCCAGCCUCUGCGGCGGGCUCCGAGGUGGCAGGGUCGCAGGAGUUCAGCCCAGGGACUGCAGCAGGGAGGUCGCUCAGCGCGUCUCUCUCGCGCGAUUACGGGUCACUCGGCUGGGACUGCGCCCGCGGCGUCUCCACGACGGACAACCUCAAAGUUCUCCUGCUCAAGGCGCUGCUCAAGCUGCAGCAGAACGGCGGAAAUGGCGGCAGCUCCCCUGCCGGGGACCCCCAAAAAGACCGAUUGAUUUGCGAGAUGCAGGCGCUCCUGCAAGCACAGCGCGAAGGCUCGCAUGAGGCAACCGCCACAGGCGCAGGCGCUUUUGAAAAGCCUAAAGACGGAGAGAAAGGCGAGGAUUCAUCGUAUCCGCAAACGCCGCAGUCUCCGGGCUCUCUUCUGCGGAUGUACAGGGAAAACCUGAAGGUCAUGGACAUCGACUUCAAGUCGCUGAAGGAAGAGCGCUCGCUGUUGAAGAAGCAGCAUGCAGAACUGUUCAGCGAACACAAGAAGCUGGACGUCAGCCUGCAACUGAUUCUCAAGGAGAUUGAAGAGUUGAAGGAGAGGGAGCGGGUCGAAGUCAACACAAAUGUGGUUCUAAUGCAGUUCAUUGUCACGGUCGUCCGCUUGUUGCUCGACGCGCUCGUGGAAAAAAAGAGCGUUGACGCCGUGCUUCUGACUUUGCGGCAAGAGUUGGAGACGCUGAAGGUUUCCUCCCAUCCGGAGUCGCUCCUGUCUGAGUGCUACAGGAGCCUCCGCAAUAUCAUUGAGCACACGCCGAGGAAUGCAGGCACGUCCGACGCGUCCGCGGGCGCAGAGAAGCGGCGAGAGGAGAGAUGCAGCAGGUCGGCCUGUGGCGUUUUGCUUCGCGUCAUGGAGACGCACACGGAGAGCUCCAUUGUGCAGCGGCGCGCGAUCGAGACAGUCGAGCAUUCGCGCGUGGGGGAGAAGGCGCAGGGCGAAGCAGAGACUGCGGCUGGGGCGAAGGCUGCUGAGCUGGACGCGUCGGCGGAGGAGCUCGAACGAAGCCUGAGAGAGCAGCGCGCGAAGGCGAAGCAGGCAGCCAUGACUGCGCUCCUGACCACGCCCGCCGUGGGCGAAGCAGGCAGCACCAUCAAGAACGGGCGACGCCAGUCCGAGAUGCCCAGACACACCGCUCGACUCGAACUCGCGCCUCCCCCCCACAGAGCAGAUAGCGACGGCUCCCUCGUCGUCCACGGUCCCGCCCUCGAGCGCUCGGCGAGGCGACUCAGCGCGACGGCCGUAGGAGACGGCGCCUUUUCCCUGGCGGCUCAGUUUGCGGUCGCGGCGCGGGCGCCGGCGCCGCGGGAGGAGCACACGCCCGUGCUGCUGCCCGAAGCCACGUCGCAGUUGAGGGGUCCAGUCAGGGAGAAUUGCCCGUUGGCCCCAGUCGACUGUUCGCCCGCGUUCUUGGCUGCGGAGACCGCCGCGGCGCCGGGCGUCUUGCCGGACGGUGGCGAAGGCGUCGAGGCGAGCACGUUGAGCAAGGCGACCCUGAAGCGCGACGCCCGCGAGGCGGAGACUGUACAGAAACCGCAGCCUGCCCGCGGCGAAGGCCCGUGGUCUGGGGAGCCGUGGGUGGUGCCGGUGGUGGAGGGUCAGCGGGUGUCGUCGGCUGACCAGCAGGCGAGUGCGUCGUUCGAAGGCCUUCUUUCGCACAACAGGGAAGCGCUCUCGUCGACUCAGAAGGACAUCCGGGAGUGCAUCGAAGUCUUGCGCCAGUCGCCGCAAGUCCGCCCGCUCGAGACGAAAAGCGCCGCGGGGAAGCUCGGAAAUGCCGGCGAGCACCACACGCCCGUGCGCGGCGGAUCAGCUGCGUCGUGCGGUCUGCCGGAGACCAGCGAGACGACGACGACGUUUGUCACAGAGUUGCUGCGGCGCGCGAACUCCGUCUCAGUGUCGCUCGCGGAGGUGCGCAGGGCGCUUGGCGAGGUCAUUGGCUUCGAGCCUGAGGGCGCGGGCGCCAGAGGCUCCGCCGACGGCCAGGGCACGACGCGGUCGUUCUACUCCAUCCCGCCCACGCCGCUGCCGACGCACAACGGGUCUUUCGAGAAUACCUUGAGUUUCAUCCUCGCGCGCGCCGCGACCCGAACCGACGUCCCCAGAGACGGCUUCGGGACCGGAGGCUCCAGCGACGGCGAAAGCGACGCGAACGAGAAGACAAGCAAGCGCCCCGUGAACGAAGACCGCGGCCUGGCCUCCAUUUACAGUCGCCGGUCGCUCGGAGACAGCGUGGACGGCCUCGGUCAGUGCCGAACUCCGGUAGUGAGCCGCGUCGACCAGUUUCCUUCUGGUCCCUGCGGGCUGCCCUGGUGCUCGAGUUGGUCGGGCUACGUCGCCGCGCCGGAGGGGUCAGUCGGGACCCGGAGGUCCAGCGCGUCCUUCGACGGCAGUUUGCUCACUCCCCAGCCUUCGCGUGUGAGUGCGCGGGGCGGGGCGGACGAGGCGCCGGUCAUCCGAGAUGGCAGUGACAGCGUGCGCAGCUCGCAGUCGGCAGCGGGCGAAGAGCCGGCGCGCGGACGCGAGGCAAUCGACCUCGUCGCCGCAUAUAAGGCGAUGCUGGCCCUCGAGCAGAUUCAGAGGAAGGAACACGAAGUCAAGACCGCGCAGGUGCAAGUGACGACCACAGUCGAGAAGAAAGUGGCCUCCCAGCGCAGCGGGGGCGUGGAGCGGGCAGAGCUGAGACAGGUCGCGGCGCCUCUACCAAGCUCUGCCGCGGGCUCCCUCAGAGGCCUCUCGUCCCCAGUCGCGGCCGCGACCCCCUCAGGAGACGCACAAGGAGACGGCACAGAGCGGCACGCGGCGCCCGCAGCGGCGCCGCAAGCAACCGUGCCGUCUGUGUGUGCGUUCGAGUCCCUGGUCGCCGAUGAGGGCGACCCGAAAGAAGGCGAGGCGGAGUUGACGGGUAAGAAGCUGUCGGCCGAAGCUGUUCCCGAUCGCGCGGCCUCGUCUUCGCAUGUGCGUGGGGACUCCGUGGGUAAGGCGAGCAUCCAGGGCGCGGUGUCGAAAGCGGUGACGAGCGCGGUGACGCACGUGGCGGCGUCUGAUGCCCGCGCGACCAAGUCGGUCACCCAGACCGUGAGCAGAUACGAGGUCGAGUCAGGUGGGCGCAUCGCGCGGGUGAAGCAGCUCCGCUACCCGUCGCGCAUCCAAGUCCGCCACUCGCGGCUGCCCAGCCCCGUCGCCGUUGUCUCCGUCCCGUGCGAAGAGGUCUCCUACGCGCCGUACGCGGUGCCCGUCUCCGCGCUGGCCCUCCCCCCGCAGGGCGUCGCGACCGUCGCCUACUCGCCUGCCCCCGGCGUCUCGGCCGCCGCGCCGCUUGUCGCCAGCUCCGAGGCGACGCAGACCGCGAGCGCUGCUGGCGCCUCGGAGUCCGCCCACGUCAGUCAAACGGCAGGUCGCGUGCAGCAGAUGACAGUGAGCCAGGCGACGGCCGCUCAGGCCGUCGCCUACUGCUACCCCGUGGGGACUUCGUUUGCGUACGUUCCUUCGUACGCAAACGAAGUCCCCACCGGCGCGCCACUCGCGCCGAGUGGAAGUGCGAGGUUUUACGGCUUCGCGGCCGAGGGCGCGGAGGGCAGCGCGCAUGUGCACCUCGCCGCGACGGUGAAGGCCGCGAAUGCCUUCCCGGCGACGCUCGCGCCUGUGUGCUACCGCGAAGUGAAGGAGAAUGACUUGCCCGGCGCCCGCUUGGGCUCCACGGCGGCGGGGGCGGGGGCGGGGGACGACGAGAGCAAGAUGGACUCUGCGGGCGCCGCGGGAGAGAGGGUCUACGCGGAGUUCACUGCGGAAGAGGCGAGACUCGCAGAGGACGCAGGAAAAGUGGCGGCCUUCGUGCCCUCCUCGUACCCGACGCAGUACGCCAUCCUCACCGCCGCAAGUCUGCCGAGCGUGCCUGAGGAGAGCGACCCCGCGGCGCGUGGACUGGACACGUCGCGCAUCUCUACCGGGGGGUGGUGCUGCAGGCCGACAAACCCGUGCGCGAAGAAGUGA